AUGUUAAGGAUUGGGCGAUUUCGUCUGAAUUUUUUUCGAAGACGACCAGUAUCUAAUCGGACCCAGAUACUUAUAUGGAUCCUCCUUUGUGUGUUUGUCAUCGGAAUCCAUGAAACGUUUAUAAGGUAUAAACCUGAUAAAAGCUCUGACCUCACCAAGACUAUUCUUACGGCCGUUAAGGGCUCCAGUCAUCCAGAUUACUUCACAUCUGACGACGGUGUAGAUCGGUUGUGGAUAAAGCAAUGCGAAGGAAACUUUAAUAUCAUUAACAGGCGGGUCCUUCUUCUUCGCGAUGGAAAAAUUUCUGGCCUUUUCAUGGACGCAAAGCAAACUGGUGGGGACGAUGUUGAAAAGGUCUUGGGUCAGCCAGAGGAUAGUGAGUUUGUGGCAGUUAAAAAAGGAUUCAUCCAAGUUCCAUGUGGUGAUGCAAACUUGCCGCAAUUAAAUAUAAAAUCAACGUAUGAACAUUUCAUUAAAGCUAUUAAAUUCACACAACCACACAAAUAUAUCGAUAAUACUGAACGACUAUCUCUAGAGUCGUUCGCCAUCGUUAUUGAAAGAAAAGAUUAUGCAAACGUUUACUGGACAAUGAUUGAAAUGUACAACGCCUUUUUGACAGCUAGAAUGUUUUCGCGUGAUCCUAGUCAGACAUGUGUCUUUCUGUUGGAUGUACAUCCAAGGGGUAAGUUAGAUGAUUUAUGGAGUAUGGUGUUUGGAACUGUUCAAAGAGUUAAAGAUAUAAAAACUCGAGACUGGAAUUUUAGGAAUUUAGUAUUUGGAUUAGACACCUACAGUGGUCCGAUCACAACACAAAUGGAGUCUCUGCCUUUUAUUUCUGAGUUACAAGCGACACUUUACCGUGCAAAUGGAUUUGUUAUACCUCCAAAAAAACCUUGUUCUUUUGGUCGAGAAAAUCUCAACAUAACGCUUAUCUUAAGACGAAAUUACGUUGCGCAUGCUCGAAAUCCAAGCGGGAAAAUCAAACGCAAACUUGCCAACGAAAAGGAAAUAAUCGAUAAAAUAAGAUCAUCGAUUCCGUUUGAAAAUCUGAAAGCGGUUCAAUUGGACGAUUUAAGUGUCAAAGAUCAAGUGAAACUGAUAUAUCAUACGGAUAUUCUAAUAGGAGUUCACGGAGCAGGACUUGGUCACGUGAUUCUGAUGAGACCAGAAUCAGGUCUUAUUGAACUAUUUCCAACUUCCUACUUCCUGUUUAGAAACAGACAUUUUGAGGAGCUUGCCGACUGGGUGGGAGUGCAGUAUAGUAGUUGGUACAAUAGUGACGUAUUUUUCACAGAUUCGGAAUGGAUGUAUGUUUCGCCACAGACUGUAGUACAGCUUAUCAAGGAUAUGGCGAGAAGGAUUUGUUCUGAUUUCUCACAUUGAUAGCUACCUCAAUGUUUGUUGUUGUUUUUUUUACUAAAGUUCGAAACAACUGGAGAAGCAACAAAUAUUUCAAUACAUGCUAGCAAGUCUAACUUUAUCAAUAUGGGAACCAACAUUUUAAUCAAACAGCUACUUUAUAUAAUAUUGACUUUCUUGAACCUUAAUAUGAACAUAUUAUAUAGGAGAUUUUUAGGCUUCCAACCUUUAACAGUGUUUUCCUACUUUGAUUUUUAAAACAUUCUUUACAUAGUCAUAUUGUCACAGGCGCCGCAUAAGUUCAAGAAAUAAUAAAGGUCACCUCUUGAUCUAUCAUAAAAGCGUGGGGAUUUCACCCUUGCAUAAAUCUUUUAAUUUUCGCCCUCUGUUGAAAUCGCCAAUAAAUUACAGAAAAUAUACAUAUUUCGAUUUUGACAAAUGAGUGAAUCAGGCGAAGUGUGAGAUGCGCCGAAACUUUUACUCUAUAGAGCGGCCACUGGUGUUCCAUUAAGUGGCCGUUAUAGAGAGACUUGGCUUUAAAUGCAUACGUAAUUAACCUUUUCUUAGUAAUGAUGUAGUUCCACUUAUCUAGUAUUUCAUGAAAUGUUGUCCUGCGAAAGUUGUAUACCACUGGCUCUGAAUAGACAAUUUUUUUCAUUUCCUUUUUUUUUUAAACAUUCAUUCGUUUACUGCCAAGGAUGCUCAUAACUAAAGAAACUGGGUGAUCGUU